AUGCUGCUAGUUUUGUCCGAAGACCAUAAAGAACAUCUCUCCUUCCUGCCUAAGGUUGACGCAGCAGGUAACGUACUGACAUGUCACAGAUUCGACAGAUAAAAACAUGCAGGUGAAUAAAACUAACGAAGUUGUGCUCCCUCAGCCAGUUCAGCAACAGCUGACUGUCAGCUGACUGACUGACAGCGCUGAUUGGAAACAUGGGAAGCUGCUAGCCUCUGUCAUAAGAUGGAAACUCACUCAAAAAAAAAGUAAUUCAGUUCUACAGGGCACGUCCGGGUAGUGAGGGCAUACACACACACACACACACACACACACAUAUAUAUGUAUAUAUAUAUAUGCGAAUUGUAUAUAUUCACAUAUAUAUGUGUGUGUGUAUGCCCUCACUACCCGGACGUGCCCUGUAGCUAAUGCAAUAAUAUAUUUUAUAUAUAUAUAUAUAUAUAUAUAUUUUAGGUUUUGAAUUUCCCUCUGGGAUUAAUAAAGUAUCUAUCUAUCUAUCUAAAAGCUUGCUCUCGUUCCUGCUGACUUAUACUAGUGUGAAAUACUUGUGUUUCUUAAGAGUAAUUCAUAUGGAAAAAACAACCAAGUGUAUCCGUAAAGCUGUCAAAAAUUACUGUUGCUGGACAAAGUUGGCCUUUACAGUCGCUCUCCACCAUAGGUUGCUUUUGACACCCAUGAAAUAUAAUGUUUCUUUUUGAAAACCCCUGCAUUUCUGUCUGUCUGUCUGUCUGUCCAUCUGUCCGUCCGUCCGUCCCCUUAGUGGUUGGAGAGUUUGGUCGAAUAGCACUUGAGUUCUUGCGAAGAGGAACCAGCUCCAGGAUCUAUGAGGGAGCAGCCAGUAAGACCUUUUUCCAUACUCACACUCAUACUGCUGCUCAAAUCACUGAACAGGCACCUCUGAACUUUUAAUGGGUAUUACAAAAUGUGGUAUUUCUGCUUAUCUUUUUAACGCAGUAUUAAACUGCAGUAUGCUCCUUCUGAACUGGUUGUCGUAUAAGUAGUUAUACCAAAAUUCCUCUUUGAUAAAACAACCCAGUAAUGAUAACCUGCACUUAAAGUAGUUCUCUUCUCACUCGCUGUAAAAAUAGUAAACACACAGUAGUACCUCUCCUUAAUUUUUACAGUAUCACAAAAUGCAGCCUCUAAAAUUACUACAACUCAAAGCUUUGGGGGGAAUUACAUGACAAUUCCUGGACAGUUUUGACUGUUGACUAUAUUAACUUUUGUGAGCUGAAUGGAUCUAACAAAGUUAGACAGUUGAUUCACGUUGAAGGUUACCAGUUAUGCAGUGGCCUUGAAACAGAGCUCCUCUUUCUGUGGAUUGAUAUUAAAGCCUUUUUAUUCAAAGUACCAGGAUCUAUUGUUGUGACAUGAAUAGUGUAAAGGACAUUUGGUAGCUGAGCUAGCCUCAAAGGUGGAGUCUGUAUCUGUAUGCUUUUUGCCUCUCUCUGGCACCUUGUUGACUGACUAACGUCUUGACCAUAUUCCUUAUGUAUUUAAUUGUUCAUGCAUGGUGGGUGGACUCAAGUAUUGUUCAUUUGUUUGUUAAUUUACAUUAAAGUGUCCUUGGGCUAAGUGGGGUGGGGAAGAGGCCUGAUAGUACUCAUUAUCUUUGAAAUAUAAUGGCACUGAUUUUUGCCAUGCUCUAUCUGAUUCAUGCCCAUUACAGCGUGCAGGAUCAUGCAAAAGAGUGUUUCUUGGUGGCUGGGUUAGCCUUAAAGCCUCUGCAAUAGCAAACCAGUCAAUGUAUGAGGACCAAGGUAGAGUUUUCCCCCCAUUUAUUGUAUCAAAUAGUGUUUAGAUCAUUUGUGGCUUAAAGACAAACAAAAACUAAAUCCGUAUUUUAACAAAGAUACAGGAUUAACUUCUACAAAUACACAGUAGUGACACAAAUAAUCCAUCUAGUGCAUGGUCAACAAGAAAUAUUGGUAAGCAUGGUAUGCGGGUCAACAUGCUUGACAGAUAAGCAAAAACUGAGCAUGGCCUUAUGAUUCCUCAGGUGUGGCCUGAUAAGUUGAGGCAGGAGGUUGUGAAGAACGCAGCAAAUAGUGUGACAGAAUAAAAUCACAUACCCUGCAAUGGAUAAACACAGUAUGGAGUGAAUAUACACUUGCACACCAGGUGCUUUCAAAUCUUUCACACUGUCUUAAAAGUUUUUCUUUCCAAGACUUGCAAUUAAAACCACAAUUACUGACUGCUUACAGGAAAGCUGUGUGUGCCUGUGGAAAUGGUGCAGCAUGGAGUGGAAGGCCUGAUGUUUCUGAUGACAGAGAGCUCCAAACACAUGGUGAUUUACACAAACUUUGAACUUUUUCCUACAUGUGCUACACAUGGUUCAUAAAAACUAAUAUACUCUACAUCAAAUUUAAAGUAACGCUACUGUAAAUUCUUGACUACUCUGAAUUUUCAAGCUUCUAAAAUUGGUUAUUUUAGAUUAGAUUGGUUUAGUAACACAACACUUAAUGCAUCGUGUCAUGGGUAAAGGAGUAUGUUUUCAGAGAAAAACAUCCUGCAUAUUAAUGGGAAAACAACCACACAAUUCUGUAUACACACACCUGCUAAAGACGUUUUAGUGUCUCUUUCCAACAACUUUCAUUUUGCAGUACACCUUGUUUGUGAAAGGCAUUUUUUUUAAAAUUUCCACUCUCGAUUAUUUCAAAACAGUACCCUGGUAAGACUUACAGUUUGUGCAUACCUAAAAAGAUUGUCUGUUGGUUGAAAGCCUAAAUUUGCAUAUUAACUUUAACACUGCUUUGGCUUUUGUUUUGGUUUGGUAACAUUGACUUGUCCCUGUUCUCAUAGAUGCCUUAAUUUUAUUUGGCCCACAGUGUUUUCUCUGGGGGAAAAAAUAAUCUUUGAUGCACCCAACAUACUUAUUGCUGAAAACAAUGUUUUUUAACCACAAUGAUACAGGCCUUUUACCAAAGUAGAUGUGGUACUGUGUAAAAUGCUCAUUGAAAAUAGAAUUUGAUUGUUUUCAUCUGUUUAAACUUUUUUUUGUUGAAAAUAGUGCAAAGAUAACAUGUCAUAUGGUGAAACUAAGGUAUGACUGGUCAUGUAUAUGUGAAACAAUAGUUUUCUUGGGAAUUAAGAUAUAAGACAUUAUCAAUCUAUCGAGCAAUACCAAAAUUGGAUCUGAUUUUUCUACAUGUUCUACUGGCCCGCAGCCAGACUUAUUGGCUUUAGUUUUAUCUACAAAUCAGUGGUGAUUCCUCCUCCAAAAUAAUGCUCUGCUGGCUUUGUAGACCUGUUGACAUCAGUCUGAUUGAUGUUUGUCUAAACCAGUGUGAUUAGCUCACUGGGUGGGCCAACUAGACACUUUAAAAAAAAAAAGAAAAACUGGGACAGAGGCAUGGUUACCAUAAGUUGCAACAGCUUUUUAUUUUCCAACUCUGUAAAUGUACCGGAAAUUAGGGGAGUAGUGUCUGUGGAUUUUAAAAAAUGAAAUGUUUUCCCUUUGUUGUCUGAUAUAUGAUUUCAGCAUUCUUUGUUUCAUGAUACAACAAAUGUUUUCAUUAGAUGACGAGUCUUGACUGCUCACAGGCCAGUUUGCACCUGGGCUCUCCUGCUGUAUGUGCAGAAUCUGAUUUAGCAUUGUUUCGCUAAAAUAUGCAUAGCCUUUAAAAAGACAUUGUGUGGAUGCUCCUAAACCUGUAUUUUGUUCAACAUUAAUGGAGCCUUCACAGAUGAGGACACUAUCUGUGCCAUGAGCACUAAUGCAUUUCCACACCAUCACAGAUGCUGGAUUUUGUUCUAUGUGCUGAUAACAGACCAGGUGGUCCCUCCAGUCUUUGAGCUGAGGAUGUAGCCUCUGUGAGUUCCAAAAAGCAUGUCAAACUUCCAUUUGAAAGACCACAAGACAGUGUUUCUUUUCACCUCAGUUCAUCAAAGUGGGCUGAGGUCUGGCGAACUUGCUGGUAUUUUGAAAUCAUCUUCAUACUCCAGGUUCCUCUUUGCAUGGUUCAGUUAGUUUUAUCCUCAUUUGUGGAAGCAGUAGUGAUUUCAACUCCAGAGUCAUGUCUUUUUUUGAUGCAGUGCUGCCUGAGGGCCUGAAGACCGUUGUCAUUAGGUAGUGGUUUUUAGCCCAGUUCAUCUUGUUUAUGAUUAUUACAGAACAUUAUUUUGAAAUGUUUGUGAAAGACUGCCUCAGCAAACAGUUCAGAGUUGGGAACCUCUCCCCAUCUUUACUUAGAAGAAACUCAGUCUGUUACCUGUGGCAAAUUUACCUGAAUCCAGGUGUUCUUUUUUUAGCACUAGCAUUUUUCAGUUCAGGGUUCGGGUUAAGUUUGGGAAACUUUUUACAUCAAAUGUAAAAUAUGCAUAUAAGAUAAUGUCAUUUUUUAGUUUCAGCAUUUGAUAUGUUGUCUUUGCAUCAUUUCACUGAAUAAUGGGAUAAAAAUUUUCUGCAAACCCUGUUUCUUAGAAUCUGUAGGAGUAACAUCCAUUUUGCCCAGCCUAUAUAAAUAAUGUAAACUAUCUGACAUUAUUUCAAAGUUUUCAGCACAUAUUUAACAUGUAACAGUGACAGAUCCAGUUGUAUAAAUCCCUUUUCAGUGUACACCAUGGCAUUGUAUAAAUUAAAUACCUAAACUUUUUGAGACAGAUUUUUCCUUUACUAUGAGGUACAUAAAAUAUAGCAGUCUGACAACUGAUAGUUGCAUCUUUGUUUGCAUGUUUGUAGAUCUGUGAAGUGGAUUUCCUGGACUCUGUGUUGGUUUUGGGGUUUGGUGAAGAGCUCAAUCAGCUGCUCUUACAGGUGACAAUUUUUUUUAAUGGAUAUUUCCAUGUCAACUGUUCUAAUACAGUGAGUAUGUUCUGAGUUAGUUGAUGGUGAGUUUUCAUUGCAGCUCUACCUGCAGCACCACAGUCAGAUCCGCUGUGUCCUUAGCCAGCUACCUACAAAUAUUCCUGCGUAUCACAACCUGGAAUGGAGACUGGAUGUUCAGGUGCAGUUCUAACCUUUGUGCAUGUGUGUUUGCUAGAGGGUUUUAUAGUUUUACAGUGAACAAGUGUUGAUGAUAAUGAAUAAUGCAUAAACUACAAGAACAUGUUUGCAGGUUAUUUUCAGAAAUGUGUUGUGUUUUUGUGGAAACAUCAUUUAAGGUAUUUAAGUCUCUGAACAACCAACAUUGAAACGUCAGUCAGUGACUAGCUUUUGCUGUUAGAACCUCUUGGUUUGUAGAUUUGUUGUAGGGCAAGAGGAAAGACAGCAAAACUACACUGGCUGAUUCAGAAGUCCUACGUUUGAACCACUUUUUCCCACAUGUACUGCUCUCCUGAAGGUCACUUUGUAUUGUUUAUUGUCCGUAAAAACAGAGAUUUUUUUUUCUCUCUUUUUUUCUUUGUCAUUUUGUACACAUUCACUAACUCUUUCCCACCAGUUGGGGAGUCGUUCAGUCCGGCAUCAGGUUGUCCCAAGGUUGACCAUGCGCCUGCUCCUGACGAAGGACAGUAACAGCACUGAUCACAACAGCAGAAUUCUCCAGACAGACCCAAGCACCCUCCUCCACCUUAUCUCCACACUAGAGGUCGCUCUGGCCGCCAUAAAAAACAGUCAUGCUCGCCGCAUAUUACGCAACAUUAAAUAA